GUGGGAGAAAUAGAGGUUGGGGGUGAAAUACGGUGGUCCUGGGGGACGAGACUCCAGAGGUUUGACGAUUAGGAGUCAAGACGGGCUUAGAGCUGAGGGGAAAACCAGAGGCGGUCGAGGAGAGGCCGAAGUCCUCCUGAGAUGGAGUGGAAACUGGAGCGCACCGCCCCGCGGAGGGUCCGGACCGAAGAAGAGAUGCUGUGGGAGAACGUCAUGCGGGUGCUUGCCAAAGACAUGAAGCAGAAGAGAAGCCAAGGUUCUUCCAAGGUAUUUGAUGAGGUUAAUCCUACAUAUUCUGACUUUAAGAGCAACUUCCUGAAGAGGCUGUCAGCCGAGGUUCCCGUUGCCAGUAGCCCAGUCACCACAAGAUGGCGGCAAAGCCAAACCAGGGAUUUUGCAGCCUAUUCUUUUGAGGAAGAACAUUCAACCACUGACCUCCCAGAAACUUCCGGAUCCGUGCUGAAGAUAACGCCUGAGGAGGAGACCUUGAUUCUAGGAUCCUACAAAGAACCGCUGAAGGCCCCCAUCAAAGGAAGUUUUGAAACAAGUAACUCUACUCUCCUUUUUUGCAAGGCAUCUCAUGCACUGGACAGAGGCUGGAAGGAAAACAUUGCCUUGAAAGGCCAGAAAUGCCUAAAUCAGCUAUUUUCAACCCAGAAGGUGGCUCACCAGGUUAAUGGGAAAAUGCAGCUCUGUGAGCAAUCCCAAUGUGCUUGGAAAUGCUGCAAAGAUGGAGUCAGAGAUGAAUCCUUCCAUCUUAAAAGGUUCGGUGAUAGAAACUAUUCCAUACUCCAACCAGAGGUGAAGAUUCAUCUCACUGGUCUUCGAAAUGACUACUAUCUAAAUAUCCUAGACUGGAAUUUUCAAAAUCUUGUUGCUAUAGCCCUUGGAUCUUCUGUAUACGUCUGGAAUGGGGAAAACCAUAAUGGGAUUGAACAUAUAGACUUAAGUCUCACUUGUAACUAUGUAUCUUCUGUGUCCUGGGUUAAAGAGGGAACCUGCCUGGCGGUUGGCACCAGCGAGGGAGAAGUGCAAUUAUGGGAUGUGGCAACUAAAAAGCAGCUGAGAAAUAUGCUUGGUCAUUUGUCAGUAGUUGGAGCUCUGAGCUGGAAUCACUGUAUCCUCAGCAGUGGGUCGAGACUGGGCCGUGUGUAUCAUCACGAUGUUCGGGUAGCCCAGCAUCAUGUUGGAACACUUCACCACAAGCAAGCCGUGUGUGCUCUGAAGUGGUCGCUCGAUGGCAAGCUGCUCUCCAGUGGCUGUAGUGACGGACUGCUGACCAUAUGGCCCCGUGAUUCAGGUGUGAGUGCACAGGGUCAACCACUAAAAGUCAUACCCCAACCUACAGCAGUCAAGGCCAUGGAUUGGUGUCCCUGGCAGUCUGCAGUCCUUGCUGUUGGAGGAGGAAUGAAGGAUGGACGCUUACACAUCUUGGACAUAAAUACUGGGCAGAGCAUCCAGACCCCAAGCACAAACUCACAGAUUUGUUCCCUAAUCUGGCUACCUAAGACAAGAGAGAUUGCAACUGGCCAAGGUACUCCUGAGAAUGAUGUGACUGUGUGGGCCUGUCCUGCUCUGGCUAGGUUGGGUGGAUUUUUUGGCCACAGAGGCAGAGUGCUGCACUUGGCUUUGAGUCCGGACCAGACCCGAGUGUUUUCUGCUGCAGCUGAUGGCACAGCCCGUGUAUGGAAUUGCUGCUAGCUGCUCUCCCCUCUAAGCUUCAGUUUCCUCAUUUCUAAGUAGGAAUAAUGGUACCGGCCUUGCCUUCUCCAGGGAGUUGUUGUGAGGGUCAAGCAAGAUGAAGUGCUUUUCCCCAUGUGGAUUCCUGUCUUCCCGACCUUCUUUCUCAGGUUACUUUAUUUGCUCUGCUUCCUCCCAUUGCAUUUCCCAGACGUUGUCUUUGACCUUCCAUUCUUCUCUCUCUCCUUUCCUCCUCUUCCUUUUUCUUCUCUAUCUUCCUUGUUAGAGAUGCAUUUCCACCGGUAUAGUCAGAACAAUAUCUGUAGCAUAGAUUUCUAAGUACUUCUUUCCCACUUGACUUUUCUCCCAAGCUCCAGCCUCCCAUUUCUGUCUGCCUCUGGAUAUUUCCUGCUUGAGAUCCUUUCCUGUCUUUAGCUCAAACUCAGUACUUUAAAAACACAACUCAUUCACUUGAAAUAUAUUGACUAAAAUCGUACUAAAUGCUGGGCGGUAUGCUAAGCAUCCGUAUUAUUUCCUGUCAAAAUGAGCUCCUCUGUAGGACUCCCUUUUCCCUCUUCACGGUCUCAUCCUUAUCCUGGUCGUCCAGUCACUCAGGGAGCCUCCUGAUUACUCUGCUCCAUGCUUACCCCGGUUCUCUUUUCUUUUGUUCAUCCUCUCAUGUCUUGAAUACCUGAUGACCAGUCUGUUAUAAUUGUCUUCUAACUGGUUUUCCUGUCUUUAGUCUUCAUGGGUCUCACAUCACUGUUAGGUUAAAUUUCCAAAAGCACUGUGCUGAUCCUGUCAGUCCCCUGCUCAUAAACUCUCAAUGGCUCCCUAUUGCCUAAACCCCUUGGCCUCAACUCGGAGUCCUGAGCCCAGAACCUGAAGUUAGGGGGCUGUUCUUGCCUCAGCUCUGCCAUAAACUGACUGAGUGACCUUGGGUGUGUCACAACAUUUGCAAGAAUAAGAAUUCGGAUUUGAUAAUUGCUAAGCUUUCUUCAAACUUGAUCAGUUCGCUGUUCUACCGUUUUAUUGUUAAUUCCCACCCAUCUCCUACAUCUCCCCUGGGCUAAGUCUUGUGAUUUCCUGCUUUGGAGCCUUUGUUGGAGCUUUUCUUCUAGUCUGGAGUUCCUGCUCCUCUCUUCCUUUCCUUUGCUCAUCUGCAUAAGUCCUAACCUCUCCAGGAAGUGUGUUGAAAUGCUGUUACCUGGGUUCAAACGCUUGGCAUCAGUCUGUGUCACCUAUUUGAUAUUAAUAUACUAUCCUAGUUAUUUUUAAAAUCUUUUAUUGCUAUGUGAAUCUUUGGUUAUUUUAGUUCUGAGAUGCUUAUUUCUUCCCUGGACAGUUAAAUUGAGGAGCUGAGGGAGCAUAUGUUAUACUUUUUAGUGCUCCUUGGAAUGUUUUGCCGUGUCAGAUAACAAAUAUUGAUUGAUUUGUUUGCUUUUGUCAUAAAAUGUUUUUUACCAAUACAUACACACCCCUUUAACCCCCUUCCCCCCACCAAAAAAAACCCCAUGAAACAAAACAAAAGCCUUCAUAAUUGAAAGUGGAAUAGUAUAUACAAGGGGAGUUAGGGUAGGACUCUCCUGUCAAAUUAGUGUUAACUUGCCAAUAUUUUCUUUUAUUUUCUCUGUUUUUUAACUCAGAAAAUCUGCUUGGUAGUGCUAGUAAUUCUUGCCUUAGAAAAUUUUAGGUCACCAAAAGCUACAAAUGUGAUACUUUUCUGCAAUACACACUCUUCUUCUUUAAGCUAAUGGUUUUAAUUUCAUCUUCUUUUUAAUUAGUCAGGUAUAAACUAUAAGAAAAUGUUUAGCAGGGAAAUGAGCAAAAUGAUUAGACCAUUUCCAGUGUCCCCCAUCAUUCUGAUCUGGGUCAUUCUGUCUUAACAGUCUCAUGACACUAAGUCUAGACCAAAUGUCACUUCUGUCAAUUAAUACUGGUGUGUAAACAAGGGGUUUUCAUUUAAGAAAAAUAGCAAUAUAUCUUUUACCUGCUAUUUGUUUUGGUGCGAAGUCUGGGAUAUGGUUUUAGUAGAGAAAAAAAGUGAACUUAUAGAUAGUACAUAAAACAG